AUGACUGAAGAAAGAAAACUAAAAAGCUCCGUCAAGGACGCCGACCAUAAAGUUACCUUCAACAUUGAACGUGUCCGCCACGGCUUAAACAACUUUUUUGACGAUAUUGGCAGUGCCGUCAAAAAAGAAAGCAAUACUGGAACUACACAAGCGAGCAAACAAGCUGAACGCGCUGAAAAACCUGGAAAAAUGUAA